AUGGAGUCAGAGAUGGAGAAAGUGCCAGUGCUUUCCCAGGUCCAACACUGCAGCAAAGAAAUGCAACCUUUCUCUUCCCCCUUGGUCUCGCCUUCAGAGCAGCCGGCUUUUGGAAACCCUUUAGGUCUACAGAGAGACCCCCAGAUCUCCUGUUUCACUUCAGACGCCUCUCCCAAUGCAUUCUCUGCCUGUAAUUGUUGUGAGGCGGAUUGGCCGCGAGUGGUGGGGGAGGAACGGCAGGAGGUGCAGCAGGAGGAGCAGCAGGAGGAGCAGCAGGAGGAGCGGCAGGAGGUGCAGCAGGAGGAGGAACAGCAGGAGGAACAGCAGGAGGAGCGGCAGGAGGAGCAGCAGGAGGAGCGGCAGGAGGAGCAGCAGGAGGAGCAGCAGGAGGAACGGCGGGAGGAGCAGCAGGAGGAGCAGCAGGAGGAGCAGCAGGAGGAGCAGGAGGAACAGCAGGAGGAGCGGCAGGAGGAGCAGCAGGAGGAGCAGCAGGAGGAGCAGCAGGAGGAGCAGCAGGAGGAGCUGCAGGAGGAGCAGCAGGAGGAGCAGCAGGAGGAGCAGCAGGAGGAGCAGCAGGAGGAGCGGCGCAGCUACUCUCCGACACACUCUAAAUACUAA